AUGAUGAGCUUACCUCCAAAUGGUCUUCUUCCCAAGACUUAUGGUGUCACUGGUCCAAUCUCUAUAAAUGGUCCUACUUGUCCUGAAGGAUUUUCUACAACUGUACUUAUGGAUGAACUUAAAGCGCGCUGUACAUUUGAAUCUCCAGAAGACGCAAGGGCACGUGAAUUUGUCUUAGGUAGACUUAAUCUGCUUGUCAAAGAAUUUGUGAUUAAAGUUUCACCCGCUCUUGGAAUGUCAGAUCACGUAGCACGUGAAACUGGCGGCAAUAUCUUUACUUUUGGUCAGUUCAAACCAAAACCGUAUAUAAUGAGUUGA